AAGUAUUAAAUUAGUAACUCGGAAGGAAACUAAACCGGCGAAAAGAUUGCCUUUCCACGGCUGGCUGCAACCGUUCGCCCUCCAUCUUUCGCCUUGUGUUUCCUACCCAACGAUUCUUCAAUCGCCAACAACCUCCACUUUUAUCUCUCCCAUUCUCCUCACCCCAAAAACCCACCUUGACAAAUCAAGCUUAGAACCAACCAUCGCGGGAGAACGAUACAAAGGCCAUCGAUCAAUGCUAAGCUUCCCAAUUCCUGCCGGCGUCCAAUGCAUCCGGCGAUAUCACCCUCAAGCUUCCUCGCACCGCCGAUUCCGGCGGCUAAUACCCCAUCUACCUUCCCGUUCCUCCCCUUCUUCAUCUUCUGCUUCCUCCUCUUCUGCUUCUUUUCCAUCUUCGUCUUCCUAGACCUCCGUUACUAUCUUUCCGCUAUCCGCAAUUCCGUCGCUCGCGGCGGCGACGGCGGAAACGCGAUGGCGCUGCAGAGCAAUAAGCCUGGGUUAAAUCCGGCGAUCAUUGCUUCCUUUCCUAUGUUUCGCUACGCGGAGGUGAGGCGGUUGAUUGAGGGGAAGUACGGAGGCGAGUGCGCCGUGUGCCUAUCGGAGUUCGCCUCCGGCGAUGUUAUCCGGCUGUUGACGGUAUGCUGCCACGCUUUCCACCCGGGGUGCAUCGAUUCCUGGCUUAUUUCGAACAGGACCUGCCCGUUAUGCCGGUCUAAUCUCGAGGCAGCGCCGGAUGAGGCCACCGUGAGGGCUAUGCGGGAGGUUGUUGCCAGCGGCGACGGCGGCGAAGAUUACCAUGUUAUUAGAUUUGACGGUGAAGGAGAAGGGGCGGCAGGGGAGGGGAUGGAGAUCAGGGAACACGUUAGCGAUGAAAGGGAGCGCGGUAGAGAGGAACUUUAGGAUGUGCAUAUAACUGUUAAGGUUCAGGUCAAUAGAACAGUCGAAUUAGCUGUUAAUAUUCAGUUUUUAUUUUUAUUUUUAAUAUUUUCGGAAGCAGAUUUCUUUUAAGAACUUCUGGGAUAUAGCUUGCCUACGCUAUACUGCAGUAAUUUGACGCAUUAGGCCUUCUCCAGCCGUUCCGCAAACAGGCGAAUGGAGAGCCUCAGACGUGCCAACCAAACUCCAUUUUUGUCAGCAUCCAGUCGCUUAUGAACAGUGCGACGUCAAUAUUGGCGUCGCACUGUUCACUUUCGCCUUUUUUUCUCUCUACCGAACUCCAUCAGAGAAAGGUGCGAAAGAAACGACGAUGAUUUUGGGGCAAAAUGGUGUUCCACUCGUGAUUAAUCACGGCACUUUUUGAUUUUACUGCAUUUUGCAGUGAAAAAUAAGAGUUUCGGUUGGAGAUGCCCUUACUAUGUAAUUAGUCCAGUAGUCCAUAAUUGUAUUUGUUCUAUUUGAUUGGAAAAAAAAUUGUUACAAAGCUUUAGAAUUUGUU